CUGACCUUCAGGCAGCCAGGCUUCGGGAAAGUGUCGUAUCAAUCAGAUAAAUAUUAUGUUCAUGUCGCCCAUCGCUGCUGUCGCCUAUUCUAAGAUACGCGCAACGGAAAUAUUCCGAACGAUGUUGUGAAAAGAAUUAAAUUUUCAUAGCAACAACAAAUAAUUUUACUUACAGAGGGGAACGGCGAGCGAAUCGCUGCCUUCAGUCCGCUGUAAGUGCCCGAAUAGACCGAAGGACGAGAAGGUCGGAAAAGAAUUGAACUAAACAAAUUUAGAUGAAACAAUAAAGUCGGCCAGAAAUUGUGACAACAUCUGUAAUACUCACAGAAGCAAACGAGAGAAAAAGAUAGAGUGAAGCCAAUAAAACUAUUAGUAGCAAAGUUAGCGGGCGUCGUUGUAUGUUUAAAUUGUUGAAACCAAUACGAAUUUCUGAAAUCAAAUAUUUUUUCGUGAAGUAAAAUUCGCUGCUUCAACUUCUUAUACGAAUAUUCGAGCUUCGAAUAUACGAGUUGACUCACACAUAAAAAGCAACGCACCAAAUAACUCAGGAUCUGGGAUACAUUGAAACAUGAGCGACAUGAUACAUUCGUAUUGUAUAUGAAUUCAGUAGCACAAGUUUUGGAAAUUUUAGAUCGUAUUUGCAAUUACUUGGACAUUUGCAAUUACUAUGGAGAGCCGAAGAAUGGUGCAGAAUCGAAGAACAAGAUACCUAAGUUUGGCAUCGUCCGCCCCGAGUCCUUAUUUGACAUUCUUGAAUCAAUCGUACGGUAUUUAUAAUGAGAUACCGAUACAGAUUAAUAGAAAACAACAGCUGCACGACGAAUUGCCCAACCCGGUUUGGCACAAGAUCGGUACAGUCUCGGAACUCCAUAUAUAUCCGAUAUUGUGUUUCAGCAAAGUAACCGCUUCAAAUUGCACAUUCGAGUUUGACGAGCUGUGGGUGGAUUCCAGCGGAUUUCAGAAUAACAUGUUUUUCGUAUAUGACGGUGACAUGAACUGCGUCCAGAAAAAAUACAAUUCGGAGUUCAACAUUCUUUAUAACGAAUCAGCAAUGCACUUCGGUAACAAGUCAAUACUGAAAACUAAUGAUGAGAAUCAGUUAUUGUUGGAUUUAGAUGACAUCGUGAAAAACAACUCUUACGUUAAGUGCCAUUUGUCGUUUCGAGAGAAAUUUCCAGCUGCACUAUGGGGUAUAGAUUGCGGACAAGUAGCGGCCAAAUGGAUAUCCAAGAAUCUAGAGAAAGAAGGAUUAAGAUUAGCACUAACUGUGCAUCGGCAAAUGAAGCUGCGGAAAGGAUUUUGGCCACACUUGAGAGAACAUUUGUUAGUUGAAAACGACGUAGCGUAUGACGAAGAACAUAUCAAGCUACCUUUCUCGGAAUUACCGCCCUUUUCGUUGAUUACGAAAAAUUCAUUAUCCAAGUUAAAGAAGGAAGAUAGAUUCCCUACUUCCUUGAAUCAUGAACCGAAUUUAAUCUUAGAUACAAUUUAUCCUGAAUUUCACGAAAGUACAUGGGAAUGGAUCAAGCUCGGCGAUAGUGUAAUCAUCAGAAAUAUAAACCCAUAUGAACCGGAUGAUAGAUUAUUUGACAAUGAGUUAUCGUUGGAGACGAAGAUGAAAAUGUUGCCCAUACAUUGCGAAUUAUAUCAAAUGGGUCAAGUGAGUCCGGGUGAUUUCGUAUGGCUCCACAAAUCUUCAACCUAAUGAGAGAAAAGGAAGUCUAGCUGUGUCCCUUUUACAUAAACAUUUCUUUUAUCGUUUGUAACUCCGAAGACAUGAUAUUAUAACAAAAAGAAACUUAUGUAGAAAUGUAGAAAAUACGUAUAUGAGCAUCUACAUUGGUAAAAUGAAAACAGAAAAGAAUCUAUUAUUAACGAUCAGCUGAUUUUAUGAAUAUCGAUACAUUAAGAUAUUUUGAAAAGUUGUUUAAUAAAAGUUUUUUUAAUAAAAGUUGUAUUAAUAAUAAUCUGUCAGCACUACUAAUAUUGAUUUUAAAUAAAAAGUAACCAGAUAUGUCGCAUAAUCAUCUGUUUCACACAAUUUAUUUAACGUUCUGCUCAGAAAUAAGCAAAAUAAUGGAGUUUCGACGACAGAUCAAAUACAAGGGGAAUUACAUGCCUUCGACGAUUAUGUGAUUUAGACUUUAGAAGUCGAUAUUCCGAUGCAGGAUUCAUACAAUUGUUGCUUUAAAGAAU